AUGAUCCCGUCAUACGUACGUGCUGUGCCAAACGGUACAGAGAUCGGUGAUUACUUGGCACUAGAUCUUGGAGGCACAAAUUUCCGUGUGCUUCUCAUUCGGUUAAGAGGCCGAGAUGCAGAGAUAGCAGGAAAAAUUUAUGAAAUCCCCCUGGAAAUUCAACGAGGAACUGGCGAAGCGUUGUUUGACCACAUCGCUGCAUGUAUCGCGCAAUUUACUGGGGAGCAAUUUCACGGAGAAAGAAAGAAGUUACCGUUAGGUUUUACCUUCUCAUUUGCCACCAAGAUUGAAGGUCUUACCAAGGGCAUAUUGAUACACUGGUCAAAAGGCUUCAAGGCCAGCGGAGUAGAAGGAAAGGAUGUCGUAAAAUUGCUCAAAAAAGCUUGCAGGAAGCGAAACGAUGUUGAUAUUGAUGUCACUGCAAUUUUGAACGACACCGUUGGAACUUUAAUGGCAUGCGCCUUCAAAGAAAACACGUGCCAAAUGGGUGUAAUCUUUGGGACAGGGACAAAUGCCUGUUACAUGGAAAAGCUCAACAGAGUUGAAAAAUUGAGAGGUAAAUGGGAAAGAGACGGACUGCCGGACGAGAUGAUAAUAAAUAUGGAAUGGGGCGCUUUUGGUGAUGACCACUGUCUGGGAUUCAUCUACACAGACUACGACAGGGAAGUAGAUGAAAAAAGCAUAAAUCCCGGAAUACACAUGUAA